AUGAAUAGUGACAAUGAGGGGCUGAUGGCGAGAGAGAAAGAGAAAGAGGAGAGAACUGAGGUUGAUGAUGUUGCAGAAAUGGGGGGGACCAUUAUCCAAGCCAAGCCCAAUCUAAACAUCUCAAUCCCUCAAUCUGACCCCAAAAAAACGUACUCUCUCUCUGCUGGGGUUUGUCACGCCGCCGUCGCUGGUGUUCCCCAUUGCCGCCGUUGCCGGGGUUCAGCCGCUCCGUCGCUGUUGGACCAACCCUCUGCUGCUCCCCUCAUCUUCUCUAUGCAUCUGCAGGCUUUCUCUUCACCGUCGCGGGGCCUAGGCUCUGGCUCCUCUUCCGUCACACUAUGUUCUGCUGCGCCGCCAUCGCUAGAGUUUCAACCGCUCCGUCGUUGUUGGGCAAGGGUUUCAUUGCUCCCCCAUCAUUGUUGUACAUCUGCUCUGUCUCUACUAUCGUUGGCAAAGCUACUGGAGGAUCAGAACAAUAUCGAAGCAAGCCUAAGCGUACAAUCCGAGGACCGGAAGGAUAUGGCAGAAUACUGCCAAAGCAGAAGAGAAGAAAAUAGGAAUGCAAUCAAAUGAUACUAAAGAAGAUAACAUAGUCUAUCUUACAAAGCAACUUGCUCUAAAUUCUUUUUGCAAAAACAAGUCUUCAAAUAGCUAGAUUAUUACGAUAACAAAAGCUAGUUUCUUAUUUAUUUCUUUAUUUUUGGUGUCAUAUCCCUUUGUUCAAUGUUCACGAGUAUCUCUGUGAUUUUGUCUAAUUAAAUUGUGUUAUACCUAUAAUCAUAUUAAGAUUA